AGAGAGAGAGAGAGCAACACCGGACCAAGUCAGCUACGGACGACGAGCCCAGCGACCGCCAGUCCACCUCCUCUCCAUUAAACCAGUAGGGUUUGGAGAGUGAAGGUGUAAGGACGUGCGCCGUGCAUUCCGUGCUAGGUGUGGUGUGGCUUCAUUAGGAAUGAUAUCGAAACUGACUAUAUAAAUUAACAAAAGCAGAAAAAAAAUAAUAGAUCUGUGCCAGUUUCAGUGUGUACAAGAGUGUCUUGAAAAAAAUAAAUAGGAAAAAUAAAAGAAAAAAUCAUAAAAGUGUGAAAUAGAAAAAAAAAUAGACGACUAAAUUUCAGUUGUGUGAGAAUAACAAUUUACAAAACUCAUAAGUUUGUGUUUUGUGGUUUUUUGAAUAACAUACGAUCCUUAUUACGAGUCGUAUCGUACUUGCAUCAAACUUCCUUGUAAUUUAGAAUAACUCCACCGCCCAUCCGUCGGCUCAGUACCACCGGGAUGGGUGUGGUGUCGAACGCGGGCGUGGGCGGGGUCAUGUUGGCUGCGUUGUUGCUGUCCCUGGCGGCUGUCAUGGGCGGCUGCAGCAGCACCCAGCCCACGCUCGAGAUCAAGACCGAAGCGCCCGAUGCCCCGAUCUCUCACAAAGGUAAUGGGGAAAACAGCGGCUCAUUUGGCUUGACUGGAGUUAAGAAAGACUGCCCCGUGUACUUCUUGGGCGAGCUGAAAGCCGUCAAGAAGCACGGCGAGAAGUGGCUCAACGACGGAUCCGACUGCGAAAUCUGCGAGUGUACCGACGGCCAGAAGCGCUGCUACUACCACUACUGCAAUGUGAUGAUGACGGUUGAGAGUGGUGGUGCAAGGGCAUCUCCAUCAUUCGUAAGUGUUGGCGAAGGAGUCUCCACCACUCAGGAUAAGGGCGAUGGUGAUGGCACUGCAGUGGUGGUGAAAGGGCCUCUACAACAAUCAUGCUAUUUUAAUAUGUCUAAUGAAUGCAGCAUACUCAUAAAUUUUAUUUUACAGGUGGACCCAGUAACUGGAUGCCGCCGCUGCAAAUGCCUUAACUGCCAGUCCUUGAAACAGUGUAAACUGAAAUGUCCUGAUGGGUUUGAACUGGAUAAGAAUGGAUGCAAAACAUGCCGCUGUCGCAAGAAGAAUAAGAAUACUCUCAUGACGCUUAUCUCAACUUCACUAGACGGAGACGACUUUAUCGUCGAAGAUGGUUAUGCCAUAUCAGAAUCUUAUAACGAAGGCGAAGACCAGGUCACGUAUAAUGAAAUAGGAGGCCAUGGAGGAGUCUAUGUCACAUCCAAAGAUGAGGAGGUUUAUGCCACUGCAGGAGACACCAGCAGUGACACUGUAGAUCCUUCUUGUAAUACAACACGUCUUGGAGGCUGCACUGACGGCCGCAGGGUGUUCACAGUGGGAUCAUGGUGGGAACGAGGGCCUUGCGUGUCCUGCGUCUGUAUAGCUCCAGGCUAUACCGAAUGUAAUGUGACCCAAUGUGCUCCACUGCCAUGCUCCCCAAGUCAUCAGAUCAAGCUAGAAGACUCAUGCUGCCCAAUUUGUGAAGAAACUACAAAGUCUGCCCCAAUAAAUGACCGUGGGCAUGAAAGUAGGAGCACAUCCAGAGUUCCCUUGGACCGUAUGCCUCCUACACGACCUCAUGACCUUGAACAUGAACAUUUACUGCCCACAGAAGACAACUCUCCACAUCAUUUUGACUCGCCACCUAGAGAAGAUGAUGGCACCACAAAGAGUGCGGUUCAGGCAAGGGGCAUUGAUUCACCAGAGUUUGUGGCGAUUUUCGUGAUUGUAGCGGUGGUAUCUGUCAUAGUUCUUAUUGUCAUAGCUUACAUUUGGCGGCGAAACCACAGGGACAAGUAUGACAUUAAUGCCUAUAGGCCAGAAGAGACUGAGAAGCUAAGACCUGUCAAGACAGCUGAUGACAACCAUCAAGUGAGGCAUGUGUAAGUCAAGAUAUUAACCAAGAAGCACCAGGAAAGGGUGAAGGAGUUGUGGAUUACUUUGAUUACAACUAUUACUCUUAUUGAGAAAGAGAAUUGCUUUAGAGCAGUUGUGUUAUGGCUGUUGAUGUUUUCAUUCUCUGUUGCUAGAAAGGGGUGAAAACUAGUAAUAUUUAUUUACAUGAGCUGAGACAAAACUAAACAGUAAUGUGUCACAUUUAUUAUUAUUAUUAUUUCUGUCAUGCUGAUAGUUAUCUCUGAUUUUUACUUUGAUUAGCUAUGGAACUUAAAAUUUCAGAGAAGGUACGUAUUAUGAUAAUUGUGAUGCCAAGAAUUGCGUUCUCUUGUGGACAAUUCGACUAGUAUAUAUGCAUGUGAAUUUUUUUUUAACAAAAUCAAUGUGUUUGUAACUGGUUGUUUUCUGCUGGAUUAUCUAACCGCAAUGAAGAUGGAAUACUGCAAUGAAAUAUUGCAGUGAACCACUUUGUAUCACUUGCAACUGAACUGGGAACACGUGAUAAUGAAGUCCAGUUUCUGUUUCAGAAUCCCUUCAACAUCAUGUGUCUGUUUCAUGCCAGAAUGAAUGAAAUAGAUUAAUUCACUUUAUUUAUUAUUAUUUUUUUUCUUUUGCUCCCCCAAGUAUAUGUCUUUGGUUGUGGAUACAUAUUAUAACUAAUUAUCAUCGUUGUCGUAUAGGUGUCUUGUUGUAUCUAGUCAUUUGACCUUAAAUGCUGUAAUUUUGAUGUAUGGCAUUUAAAUACUUAUUAUCACUUAUAUAAGUUCUAGGAUAUAAAUUUACAUAUAUUACACAUAUAUUUGUAAACACUUAUGGAUCUUUGAUCAAAGCAUUGCAUGUUACAACUUCUGAGUAAAGUCAUCACUUUACAAAUAACUUUCAAGAUAAGGUGAUGAUCUACCAAUUGGUUGAAACCCUGAAGGCAUUUUCAAUACCAAGGUAAUGUACAUCAGAAAGGAACAAGUUCUCUAUUAGUGUUGUUUCCAUUGAUAAUUAUCUUACAACAGAAGUUGGCAUAAUUGAAAAUAGCUUUCCAGAGGGCAAAUAGUAAAAUGCAGUUUCAUGAAAUAGAAUUAGUAAGAAAAUGGAAGAGUUCAGGACUAAAAUUAUAUAUAUUAAACGAAUAUUUUUAUAGUUCACUUUCAUGUUCAUUUUUACAUACUUAUACAGAUAUUCUUGUACUUAAAAAUUACAUAUACUGGUUAUAAGAACUUUAAACUAUUGAAUUCUAUUGUGUUAUUUACAAAAAUUCUUGUAAGGAUUAUAUACAUGCAACUAAAUAAUAUACAACCAUUGUGCACAGUUAAUAUGUUUAACACCAACAAAUGACAAUUAGGUAAGAUUAAAGACUAAAGUAGAAUUUUUUAAAACUAUUAUAUUAAUAAAAUGCGAGCCUUAAUUUAAGGUAUGUUCUUGUUAUAUCAAGAACAAAUUUUAUGUAGAUAUUUCACUGGACUGUGAACAUUUUUAAUAAAGGUUCUAUAGAUAAAACACUGGCUUAUAUGUCAUGAAAAUAAAUUUCCAGGUUACUUAAUUUUUAUGCUAACCAUAAAAUUUUGGAUGCUAAAAUAUUUAUUUUGGAGUUUCCCUCAGAAUAGUACUCAAUAAUUAAUUAAAUAAACUAAAAUGCAUAUAUUUUGUUGAAAAUACUAAGAAUCAACUCUGCAACCAGACUCUUCCAUUAUCUUAUGGGCUAUUUUUAGUUACACCAAAAUAGAUAUUAAAAGAUUGUUGGUCUGUGAGGAGAGAUGUAAAAUUUCAUUAUACUGAUUUGUGGGUUUAUGAAAACAGGCAGCAUUGCACAAAUGUUAAAUUCUUGCAAAUUUUAGAGGGAAUUUAAUUUGAUGCAUUAUUUAAAACUGUUUAAUUAAUCUGAGUAAUAAAUACAAAUAAAUGGACAUCACAUUUCAGCAUCUGUUAUGCAAAAUUUAAUAUACUGUUUACACUAGGUUGCCAAUCCAGAAAAUUUCAUGGCAUUCAAAAAUUAAUAAUGGGUAAAAAUGUGCACUAUUGCCUGCCUGUGAAUAAUUCUGCACAGGAGAAUGAAUGUAUGAAAGUAUACAGUGACUUCUCAUUUAAUGUCCUUUUGUUCUCAAAAACCACUGCUUCUGCAAAACUACUAUCUCUAAUUUCUCCAAGUGAAGUAAGUACCGUAAUGCUAAUUACAAGGUUUACACUUUUGAAGGCUUCCACCUCAUCCCCUUACCUAACUAUAAUUUUGCGCCAAACUUUCUUGAUAUAGUUUGUGUUCAGCUCAUAAAAUACUCAUAUUUUUUGGCCUAAUGUAUGGUGCUUAUUUUGAUCCUUUAACUCAUUGGAAAAAACUUGUGCAAAAUUUUAUUUUGAUGAGUUUGUGGGUUUGUAAGAUUUUAAUUUUUAAGAAAUAUUGUAGUAACCUUGAUAAUACCAAUAAUACAGUAAUGAUAUAGUAAACCAUUUUUACCAUUUUAGAAGUAAUGAAAAGAAAUACUCACCAAUAUGAGAGAGAGGACCAUUCAGCAAUGAAAAUAAGUAAUCAUUAUUACUUUUCACCUGACACAAUCGUCUCACUCUCUGUUUCACGUCAUCCAGUCAACCCUUUUCCAAGUUAUGUAAUGGUAACUUGUAAACCUGAUGGAAUAGAUGGCUGUUAUUGUAUGGAGUUAAGAUGUAAACUUUGGAAGCAAGAGGGUAGAUUUCUGAAAAUUUUGUUCUUAAAAAACUCAAAAUUUUAAAUACGAAAAUAUAUUUUUGUUGUGACAUUAAAUGUGAAUAUUCUGCACUGACAGCACUGGUGUGCAAGAACAUAUCCAGUGAGGAAUCCUUACCUGAAAAAUGACUGCGCAAUACAAGACAGUUGACAUUCAAUCAUGAAUUCAUCUGUCGCAAAUGCAUCUUCUACUCACGUUGUGAUUCUGGAAAGGUUCAAGGGCUAUUCUGUGAUAUGAAAUUAUUUCUUCAACUAGAUGGCUAAUGGAUAAAUGACAUCUGUUCACCCAUCUGAUCUCAGUAAAUCGUUUACUUUGUUCAUAAUCAUAUUGCAACCAAAUAAUAAUGAAGAUGGAACCAUAUUCUUAGUAGGAAAAUUUGAUAGGUGCUUUUACAAACACGUUCUCAAUUUUCAUACGAUUUAGAUAAAUCUGCAUUACGUAAAAAUCCUGUUCAAUAAAAUACAAAUGAAAACUAUAUUUAGAAGUUGCCACAUACCAGUGCAUUUAGGUGUUUUUUUUAUAUACUACCUAUACAUGCUUACACAUGCAUAUACAUUCUGUACACAUGCAUUGCAUGGAAGUCCAUAUAAACACUUAAAUGCAUAUUACAUUGGGUAUCAUAUUUUGCAGUUGGGUACUGUAACUUUAGUGUAAGCAUUAUUAUUAUAAUAAAACUUAAUAUCUUCAUAUGCUCUUUUGUUUUGGGGAAAAAACCCAGCAUUUUUAGCUGUAUAAAUACAAUAAUAGAAUUUCUAAUCAUUGUUAAAUGUUCUCUCUGAUGAAUCUGUGCUCUAAUUUUCAGUCACAACUUGUAAAUAAAGGUGGUAUUGAAAAAGUGUCCUACAGAAUAAGGAAGCAUUUUAUGACUGUAUUUGCUUCUUGAUUUGACUUUUUGUGGCAGAUAGUGCCAUUUUUGACUCUUCUGGUAGGUAGUGCCAUAUGUGGACUGUUUAUUAUUGCCAUCAAAAAUGUUUUGGAAGGGUCAUGUGUCAUUUUCUGAUUUUGGUUUGAUAACUGAUGAGGCUUACAGUCCAUGGGCAAAACUCCUGAAGAUGAACAGGUGAAACAGGAAGAAAAGGGGUGUGAACAAGAUAUUAAUAUCGUUUGUUUGUGAUGAAGCUGCAAACCUUUUAGUAUUUAAUACUCUUUAUUGCUAAGAAAAGGGCAGGACCUUAGUGUAAAACAAAAGAAAAAUUUUGUCUAGCUGAUGUAGUUUGCUAAUGUAAAGGUGUUAUAAGAAUAACUGAUCAUGAAAAUUAGCUCUAGGAUGUGUGUUCGUCCAGUACAGUAUUUAUAUUAGCACUCUUAAAAUAGCAGAAAUGUUCAACAUAUUCUUUCUCACUGUUAUUCUUUCUAUAAUAAUGCAAAACAUAGCAUUAAUUUGUUGAUAGAAUCUUUAUAAAUAUCCCAAUAUUAAAAUAGUAUGGCUGAUUUUCUCAUGGGAGUUUUAAAUGGAUCAGCAGAUGUGCCCAUUGAUACCAAGCGUUUCUUAAAGGAUAAAAUCUUUUUAUUUUGGUUAUUAUUUUGUUAUUUACUGAAUGGUAUUCUUACUUAUGAUUAAUUCUGUAAUGGUUCAGUUUUUGUUUUUGGAGUGUCAUUAAAUGUAUGUAAUGAAUGCAUAAUAAAGAUAAUUCUAUGACAAAUUUAUACUAAUAUAAGAAGUAAGUUUACAACAGUUAAAAUAUUAAAGUAAAAAAUUAAUCAUUCAAAAUUUAAUUUACAUCUACAAUAUAAAAAACUUCGCACUCACACAUUAAAGAUUAGGCUUCCAUUAUUACAGUAUGCAUUACUUGGAACCAAAUGUAUUCUACUUCUUACCUUGUGGAAUUUUCAGCCAUGCUAUUUGCCAGACAACUAAAUAUUUAAUUACACAAUAAGUCUGUGUAUUAAGUUACUUGGCAAUCGCUUGUAUUUAUGCUGUACAUUUAUGCACACAUUUGUCUUCAUUUGUAUUACGCAUUCCAUUGACAGUCACUACAUCAAGGCAAUAAUAAGGAUUACUAAGGUUUGUCUUGAGUGCUAAAGAAACAACAAAUUUAUGCUAUGUUUGUCAUUCUUACCAACGUUAUGGAUAAAAUAUUGUCAUUGCAUCUCUGUAUUGUGUGAUGUGUAAAUAUAAGGUCUUUUAUGAAGAAUUGGAAUACCAAAUGUAAAACAGUUAAUUUAUCCAUAACCUUGUGUAGUCAAUUUUUUACUGGUGUUAUUUGGAAUUGGACGAGGUAGUCGGCAGUUUUCUCAGUCUUUGGCCAAGUUAUGAUGACAAAGAUGUAUUUUAUCAAUGUAUUGAAAUCUAGUAUAACCUAAUCAUUAUACUGUAUAUAGGUUAUGUAUGGGCUAGGAUGCUGCUGUUUAUUUAUGAUGACCAUGAAGUGUAAAAUGCAAAUUGCACUUUAUUUCAUUUUUUUAUUUUUGCUUAUCUUGAUGAUAUUCUGUUUAAUUACAAAUUGUAUAUAUACUGCAAGAAAUAUUUCCGUAAAUCCUAUAGUUUUGCAUUCCUUUCUAAUCCUGUGUUUUUGUCCCUAAAUCCCCUUCUGAAAACUGCAUAUUUGAACUCAUUUCUUUCAUAUUUUUUAAGUGGAAGGUCAAUUGUAUUGUAAAUAUUUUAUUUCCAUUAUAUUUUAUAUAAAAACCAUUAGAAGGGUUUAAUAAAAUCUGAAAAUGGUAA